AUGGCGAGGCCUCGGGAACACGCGAGGCUGGAAAAGGAACUGCUUGGGCUACAACAGGAGCGGGACGGGAAGGCUAACGAGGACGAACAAGAGGUAUUCGCUGAGAAGUGGAAUGGCGAUAUCUCGCACUGGAGGGGAUGGAUCAAGGGUCCACUGGACACACCUUACGAGGGCGGCGUCUUUUACUUGGAUAUUGUCAUUCCGGGAGAUUAUCCGUAUAACCCCCCAAAGAUUAGCUUUUUAACAAAAGUCUGGCAUCCAAAUGUCUCCUCGCAAACGGGCGCUAUUUGCCUCGAUAUCUUAAAGCAUGAAUGGUCACCAGCCCUCUCUAUAAGAACCGCAUUGCUCUCAAUUCAGGCAAUGCUCGCAGAUCCGGUGCCUGCGGAUCCUCAGGAUGCAGAAGUCGCAAAGAUGCUUAUCGAGAACCCCGACCUCUUUCAUAAGACUGCCAAGCAUUGGACCGAAACGUUCGCGAUGCAGUCCAGCGAGUCGCAAGAAGACAAAGUUAAAAAACUGACAGACAUGGGUUUCGACUCCGAAACCGCCAGGACGGCCCUCAAGAACCACAACUGGGAUGAGACAUCCGCACUCAACUCGCUCCUUGGCUAA